AUGUCUGUUCUUCUCGAGACCUCAGUCGGGGACAUCGUGGUAAGUGGCUGUUGAGCGAUCGACCAAGCAGUACGUGAUCGUCGCACCGCUCGUGCUCUCUGACAGUGCCACUCCCUCCACUUGUCUCGCUUUCAAACGUUAGAUUGAUCUAGAGACGAAACUGGCUCCCAAAGCGUGCGAAAACUUUCUCAAGCUUGGAGCAGCAAAGAAGUACAAUUUCAACUCAUUCUUCUCGGUGCAGAGGGACUUUUUGGCUCAAGCCGGCGAUCCAUCUUCCAAGCAGGACGGAAGUGGCGGCGUGUGUUUCUGGAACACGUUGCCUCCGGAGAACCCCGCAUACAGCAAGCAGCCCUACUUUGUGCUUAGGAAAGAAGAGCAGCUCAACCACCGUAGGGGUACUGUAUCGUUUGCGCUUUCUCCAAUCAAUGGACCAAGCGCAGAUGGUCAGGACGAGGAGGAAGGGCUGGCUGGAUCCCAAUUCUUCAUUUGCUUGACGGACGAUGCUUCGUAUUUAGAUGGCAAGCAUGCAGUGUUUGGGAACGUCGUAGAGGGACAGGAGGAAGGGGGAGCGCUGGACCGCAUCAACAAUGCCUAUGUGGAUGAGAAAGGAAGACCUCUGCUGGAUAUUCGUAUCAAGCACGUCGAAAUCCUUGGUGAGUGCACGGAGUUUGGAAGGAAAUGAAAGUGUCGAGAUGACUACGCUAACGAUCCGCGACCCUACCUAAUGCUACAGAGGAUCCAUUCUCAGACCCUUCUGGCUACGUUCCCCCAAGCCGCACUCCCUCGCCCACGCCUUCCCAGCUUCUGAACGCCCGAGCAGAUGCGUCUGAAGAGCUAGUAGACCCCUCUACCCGCCCAGCGGAAGAGGUGGAGAGGGAAAAGCGGAAAGCGGACUCUUCAGCUGCGGCUUUGACUCUGGAGAUGGUCGGUGAUCUGCCUCAUGCGGACGUCAGACCUCCGGAAAACGUGCUCUUUGUCUGCAAGCUCAAUCCCGUCACUCGAAGCGAGGAUCUCCAGUUGAUCUUUUCGAGAUUUGGUGAGAUCAUGAGCUGCGAAGUGAUCAGGGAUCGCAAAGUGAGUGCAGCGAUGGUGUUGGAGAUUCUAUUUCAGCAGGCUCUCUCUCUGACAUGGUGUUAUUCUUGUGGCCUAUCAGACCGGAGACAGUCUUCAGUAUGCGUUCAUUGAAUUCGAUGAGCGCGAACAGGCGGAACAGGUGCGUCGAAGUGCAAGCGAAACGCAGAGCCCGUUGGCGUCGUAGUGUAGUGCGCAGAUCAGCUCCUGACAGUCAAAACCGAUCUGUACUGCGGGGACGUGUAGGCUUACUUUAAGAUGCAGAAUGUCCUCGUCGACGAUCGAAGGAUUUGGGUAGAUUUCUCGCAAUCGGUCGGCAAGCUGCAUCAAAGCUGGAUGCAACAACGAACAAAAAGUCGUGCAGGGUCUAGCUCUGCCCGUGCCGAGGGCAGUCGGACGCACUAUGACCAGAGCCGUGGUCAGCGCCAUGAUCUUCCAAGGCGUGAUGCCCCUUCGAGGACUAAAGACGACCACAGGUACCUCGCGCAGCGCGAUCGACACGAUACCUACGGACGAGGUGGAAAUUCAAACAGGCGACAUGAAUACGGAGGCUCGGAGCAGGGACGAGACAAUGAUCGGAGAUCUCAUCGCGAACACCCUCACGCAGGCGAUAGAGACCGAGACAGACGACGGCCUGAAGAUCGAAGCGAGUAUGAUCAAAGGUAUGCCGACGCUAAAAGGAAUCAUGAACAUAGAAGACCGCGGGACCAAGAGUAUGAUGAGAGACGCCAAGAGCGACCUGGACACGAAAGAAGGCACCAUCGCUAUGCUGAACGCGAGCGCAGUCCUCGAGGACGGGAUCGAGGGGACAGGUAGCUUCCAAACACCCAUCCGUGAUUCGAAAGGCAUCAUGGCUGCGGCCUUGCGGAGGUAUGGUAAUCUUAACUGCUAUCCCGCAGUGUGA